AGGUUGACGAAAUAAGUUUCGCCAUCAACAACGUUUUCUCCGCCUGGGCUGCCUUUGUGACUGUCAUUAUCUGCACAACUAUUCUGGUUGUACAACUAAACAGCAAAACAAAAUGGCGAAGCAAAAAUGUGAAGCAGGCGACUCAAGCCGAAAACAUUUCGUCACGAGACCGGAAGCUAAUCAAAAUGGUGGUCACCGUGUCUGGGAUUUUCAUCGUUUUGUUUAUCCCUGGAACCGUCAGCACAUCUGUCAUGAUUUUCAAACCGGACUACGGCAUUUCGGGAAAGUACAAUAAUUUGUUUUUCAUCGUCUGGUCGUUUUUCUUCCUGCUGGAGGGUGUGAAUUCUACAGUGAACAUUUUUGCCUACUUGACGAUGAGCUCCAAAUACAAGGCAGCUUUUUGUGAACUUUUCUGCAUCGUUCACAAAAAGGGUACGCAAGCUGAGUAGUCUAAAGCUGAAUGUUUCUCUCACCCCAGUUUUAAUUCUGAAACUAUGAUAUGUUCAUUUGACUGAAAUAUUAAUUCUCAAAUAACGAUAUGUUUAUUUGAAUAAAAUUUUAUUUAUGAAAUUAAGCUUAUAAUGUUUAUUUGAUCAAAAUUUUAAAUCUGAAAUUAUGAUAUGUUUAUUUUACAAAAAAUUUACUCCUGAAAUCACUUUAUGUUUGAUGAUUGAAAUCUUAAUUUU